AUGGGUAGCAUGGACAGGCCAGAAACGAUUGUCGCGCUUGUGGAACAGAUGAAGCUGGUCGCAAGCAACCUGGAUUUGCCCAUAGCAGCCUGGUUUGAGGGCGAUGCCGAGCAGCAGAAGUUCUUCGAGUGUCUGCGGUGGUGUACAAUCCUGGCAUCCACUACAAGAACCCAUUUUGCGGAAAGCCACGUUAAGCGCAUUGUUGGUAAGAACCUCCGAAGUCUGCUUCGGCACUGUCGAAGUUCAGAUGUGUUCCUUGCUGAUGCCGCCAGACUCCUUGUCUUGAACCAUGCUGCUGGAGGCCUGCCUUUCGUGCAGCGACCUAUCGCAAAGGCCACGCUCGGCAUAUUGGAAGAACUAGUGGAGUCCAACAUGUCUGCCAACACGUCCAGCACCAUUCUUUGCGACUACAUUCUUGGAGUCGUAUUGCGUUUGUUAGACAAGCCUCAGCGUCAGAAGUGGGUGUCCCUUCUGGUCAAGUUGCUGAUGGACAACGACGACUUUCCCAAAUCGACAGUGGUCUGCAGGUUGAGGAUGCUUUGGCUGGCUGAUGACGAUCCGAUUCGCACCUAUGCGGCAGCACUCCACCAGCUGCAGCUCUUCGCCGAGUCGAACUUGGAGUGGGGCUAUGACGGCUAUGAUGUCAAGCUUCUCACCCAAUGCAGCUGCAGUUGA